UCUUCUGUUGUUACAUUUGGUGUCGCUGCCUACCGACAAAUGAAAAGCCUAUACCCUGCAGUUUUUGAUGGAGACAUAUGGAUCUUCGGGCAGGACUUCAAGGUUUCUGCGCAGUUGAGUGGCGUUCAAGAUCUGUCAGCGAUGGAGCUGCUACUUGAGACGCUGCUGGGAGGUCGGGCGAAAGCAGCAUAUGAAGGUGUGGGCCGAAGUAUGGACGAAUGUUCGACAGGGUCAGGCAAACAGUUUCCAAAGUGGGAAGGACCAUAUAUGGUCACUUCGAGAUGGGGUUACGCAGACACAGUCGCAAUGGCGAACAAUGAGAGGCGCGUGAACGUCAGCGAGCUCCAGAAAUGGAUACAGCGAGACAAGCCAACGAUGACGCCUGCACCAAGUAGAUCAAGCCGACUUCAGUCGCACGUAUUUGACGGGGGGACGAGUGUGGUGAGAGCAGGCUGCUAGCCGAUUGGUUGGCACUAAUCUACGUUAAGGUCUAGGUCACUAAUAUGGGCCGUGAGAAAAUAUGAACAAGCCUGAGUCAACAACCAAUCACAGCAAAGUUAACGUGGCAGAAUAUGAUUCGCAGAGAGAACUCUAUUUGUCAAGGAAUCCCGAAACAACCAAUCAGAAGCCUGCGUUUGUCUACCUAAACAACCAAUCAGAUGACUGCGCUUGUCUAUAAUAAUGUAGUUGAAAGAUGUAUAAAUACGUGUUGAUUUUCAUAAUAAAACGAUCUGUUGCCUGGCCCUUGUCUUCUGUUGUUACACUAUGAGUUU